AACCAAUGGCUUUUGAUGGACCAGUCAACAUAGACAGUUCGACGACACACAGUGUGGACAUUUUACAAAGGACAGUGGGCAUGACAACAUCUGUUCCUGUUUCUCACAGAUUGUUGCUGAAGACUGAAAAUACAUCUCUUCCACUUUGCUUUGAUGUCAUUGGAGCUGUCAUUCUUAAACUUCUUCACCACCCCAACAAGGAGCUGUAUGUAAAUGGUCAGCUGGAUUCAAUUACAAAUGGAGGCUUUAGUACGAUUGCUAUUCACCUCAAUGCUGACGAGCAUGUUGAGGUUAAUACAGAGGUAAUCAACAUUCAACAGGGUCAGUCAACAACGCGCUACAUUGGACAGGAUCCCAUCACAGUUGGAAGCUUUACAGUAAUCCAGCGUGACAAAGAAAUUGAUGUUGCAGUAGAGGACGUGCGUUUAGUCAUCUAUGUUCAUGAGAAGAAUGGCAACAAAUUUUUGUGGCCUGUUUUGCGGCAGAAGCCAUUUGCCAACAACACCGAAGGGAUUUUAGCUUUAAAGCCAAGAGAUUAUGAGGAGGUUCAACAACAAUCUGAUGCAAAACUGAAGAUCAAAAACAGAGAGAUUUCUGUUUCCAGUUCCACUGCAGCUGACUACAGUAUUACCAAUCCUUUGACAGUGCAAUGCUGGCUUUUGUCAGCUGAUCUUGCCCUGGAGAGAACCUUGAAUGAUUACAUUAAUUCUCUACUUUAAGUGGAAGCUACCUUCAAAUUGGGUUAAGGAAAGAUUACAAUACAACACAACUGAAAGUUGUAAAGCUAAACCCACCUAUGUUGAGGUGCAAUACCAAACAUGUAGAUCAUGCACGACAAUUUAAUAGCUGGUCAGUGAUUGCUAAAUUCUGAUUGUUUAUUAAUAAAUUAAUGCAGAGAUUGUGGUUUAUUUUUGGGGACCCUUAAUUUUGUUGGCUAGUGAUUUGUUCUUGCUUUCUGUCAUACAACUUAAAGUUUCCGAAAAAUAACAUUUUACUCAAACCCUGCCUAAUCACUACUGAUAAAAGAGCAUGAAAAAUUUAAUUAAAAAAUGCAACAGCACAGAUUUUCUGUGCAAUAGCCAUUUCUGUAAUAAAGCAUGUGCACCAAGAG